AUGGAGCAGUUGGCUCAGGAGCUGAGCCCAUCACUCCAUUCUGUAUUCAUAAAAGGUUGUGGGAGUGUCUUGAUCCAUGCUGAUGGUAGCUCCUUCAAGGUCUACCACAAAUCUGAUAUUGGCAGCAUUCAGCAUUCAGAGGACAAGCUGUUGGAAUACUUGGGAGUGGUGAUCUAUGAAGCCCUGGACUGGGGAAUUGACAGCCAGCUGGAGCGACAACUGAGUGGUCCUUUGGAGAAAUUGCUGUGCCUCAUGUUGAAACUGGAUGAUGAGCCAAUGAAACCAGAAGUCACCCUGCAGGAUGUUAUCAAGGCCUGUGAGGAGCACUUGCCCAGGCCUUCUGAGGCUACCAGACAUUAUGAAAUGACUGUAGGAAUCUGUUUGCUAUAUAUGGAACUUCAAAAGCUUGUGACCAUCAUCCAAACCUCCAAAGAGCGACUGAGAAAAAUGGAUGUGGAAGAUUUGGUGGAAAAUCCCAUUCAAAAGAAGAAAAACUGUGGCGCAUCCCUGUGGCCCAGUGUCAUCAGUGAACUGCAGGCUGGCGUGAGGCUGCACAAGGCCAGCGAGCGACCACAGCGUUGUGUGCCUCCGAAAGAACGGAUCCGCUCUCCCUUUGAAUUGCUUUUGGAUGAUAUUCAGCACAAGAGGUACACCCUACGGAAGGUGAUCGUUGAGCAAAAACACAAGGACCCCAAAGUUGAUGUAGCUGCUCCCAAGCCUCAUCUAAAGCUGGUGUUGGAGAGGCAGCUGAAAGAGUGUGUGCCAUGUGAGACCAGCUGGCAUGAACGGUCCAUGGUAGAAAUAAAACAACCACAGAAGCUUCAGUCAGCAGCAGCACAGGAAAAAGGGAGCAGGCCCAAAGAAAUGCUUUUGACACCAAAUACAGCCUUGAACUCUCCAAGUGACAGUUUUUUAACUCUCCAAGAUGCCAGUACUGAGUUUAAAGAUGUCAGCACUAAAACACAGCAGCUGGGACCAGGAGUUCAGGAAACCACUCCCAAGCUGCCUGACAGCGCCUGCCUUUCCUCCAGCAGGUCAUCGCUAGUAUCCUACAACAGCACAGGUCUCACUGCAAAUUCCCUGUGUCCCCCAUGUCCACCCACACUAGGAGACAUCAAACCCAAGAGUUUCCUGAAUACUGGCCAACAGCAGCCGCCUCCUUACAGAAGAAGGUCCAAAUCUUUAGAGACAGGCCUUCAAAGCAAGGAACUUGACUGUCUCUCUCCUACCAAGUGGCCAUCACCAACCAUUGCUGAGCUGAUUGGAACCAGAUAUUCAGAGAUGGUGCUGAAAGGGCAAGACUUCUUCCAAAGAGGUGGUGAUGGUGUCUUUCUAAGAGCAAAGAUCUGUUUCAGCUGCCAUAAGCAGAUGUUUCUUAAGUGGCCUUACAACUGUUACCUCUGCAGCAGUGUUGUCUGCUGUGACUGCUGCAUCAAGAUGUCGAUGCCCUUCAGAACGUGUGUACAUCUUCCACUUCACUUCCUAAAACUUUUGAGACUCUCCAGAAAGGAUGACCCAGCUACUGAAGAGCAGAAGAGCUCAGAGUUGCUACAUGAAAUAGAGCACGGGCAGUAUUUUGGUGUACCCGUUAUUUUGGAGCCACGUUGCCUAGCACGGCCUCUGUGCUGUUACACAGGGGCCAUGGCAGACUGGCUGACUGCAGACAUCUGUACCCACUGUGAGCAGUACCUGAUGAAUGUGGCUUCCUGUCAGCAGCAAAGCAUCCCUCCCAGAAGAACUUCCUGGGCUUGAUCCAAACUGCAAUAACUAUAUCAUAUAUUUCUCCUGUCACUUGUUCUGUACCUGAAAUAAAUGAAACAGCUUUAUGCACAUAUUGACAUAAAGGCCUGAUUAGAAGACCUCCCUGCUAGUCAGUCUAAGCAGGAAGCACAGUUAGUAUUUCUGUAUUGUGAAGUAUUCUAAAGCUUUGUGGGUUUUGGAGCUGUUUUGAUUCUUUUUAUGUUUCUUUGAGGAAAAUAAACGUUG